CAUUUCACCAAAUAUCUUUGCAUCAGGCAAUUAUUUUCUUCACAAGUGAUCCAAUACAAGAAAGAUAAUCGAUUUUGCAUCUUUAAAUACGAUUAAGCUCAAAAAACUGUAAUGCGGGACUGUGAGAACCAAAAUGUUGAAUCCCAGUUGGAGGAAGAUAGCGAGACACUUCAGUAACUAUGUUAGAAUAGUCGAAGUGGGGCCACGCGAUGGAUUGCAAAAUGAGUCAGUUAUCGUACCAGCUUUGACAAAAAUCAGUUUUAUAAAUAAACUCUCUGAAACUGGUCUGAAGACUAUAGAAGCAACGAGUUUUGUUUCUCCCAAAUGGAUUCCACAGAUGGGGGACAACGAGGAAGUCUUCAAAGGUAUCAACGUCAAACCUGGCGUUAGCUACCCCGUCCUGGUUCCAAACCUCCAGGGAUUGCAACAGGCUUUGGAUGCCGGUGUGAAGGAAGUUGCCAUCUUUGGUGCAGCUUCGGAAGCAUUCAGCAGAAAGAACAUAAACUGUUCGAUUGCAAAGAGCAUUGAAAGGUUUUCUCUAAUCACAGAACAGGCUGCGCAUCGCAAUAUCAGAGUCAGAGCCUACAUAUCUUGCAUCGUUGGAUGUCCAUAUGAAGGUGAAGUUAAACCGUCAGUCGUAGCAAGCCUCGCUGCAUCCAUGCUCGAACUUGGAUGCUAUGAGGUAUCAUUGGGUGAUACCAUUGGCGUUGGAACGCCCAGAAAGAUAAAAGCAGUUCUCAACGAGUUAAAAACUUUAUCCCCAUCUGGAACCUUCUCUGAGUUUGCACUUCAUUGCCAUGAUACUUUUGGACAAGCAUUAGCAAACAUUUAUUCUAGCUUAGAUUUUGGUAUCAGAAUAUUCGACUCAUCUGUUGCUGGUCUCGGAGGCUGUCCGUACGCCGCUGGUGCUUCUGGAAAUGUUGCAACGGAAGAUUUACUGUACUUUCUCAAUGGGCAAGGUCUUGAGUCUGGCGUCGAUUUGAACAAAAUUAUUGAUGUCGGAGAUUACAUCAGCACACAAAUUCGUAGAGAGAACAGAUCCAAAGUCGGUGUUGCAGUACUUGGAAAAGAGAAGCUCACCAGAAUGAAAAACUAAUUUGGAGAAAAUCUGUGAUAAUCGUUGUAAUAUGCAAAUACUGUUUUUCAAAUACAAAAAACG